UUUUUUUUUUUUUUGAUAUCGUGAUAUUUUUGUUUUGAGUAUUGCAACAAAAACAUCAUUGGCUUCGUUGUUAACGAUCGAUAAUUCUGUUAAUCCAUCGGAUUAUUUUAGAAGUUGUAUAUUAUGAUUUAAACGCUAAGUCAUUUCAAACAUAGGUAUUGAUGAAUAGUGAACUUCAUUGCAAGUGUCGAUUAUCGUGAAAAGUCAUGGCUGAAAGCUCGAGCUUGUGGACGACAAAACAAAGAAUUCGUUAUUUGGAUUUGCCAAUCAAAAAUUUUAUUGAAUGUGCAAUUCCUCACCAUGUAGAAACUUUAAAAACAUUGAAAUCAAAUCUUGCCAAGCAAAGGCGGUUAGAGGACCGUAGUAGCAUGCGUCAGUUACAAAUGAAAGCUUCUCAAUCCAUCAAACGGUCACAAGCUUUACUUAGAGAAAUGGAUACAUUAAGAAACCAAGUGGCUGAUGUCGAUCUAAAAACUUUUGAUAACUUGAUGAGUCCAAGUAAACAAUUAAUUUUGGAAGCAAUUGAUAUGUUUAAAAAUGAAGAUUUAGAUGAACAAACUUCUAUGACUGUACCAGAAGAGAACUAUAUAGAAAAUAGUGAACAGUUAGAAGUAGAAAAUCAAAAACACAUGUUAUUAAUAUCUCUUGAGGAGGAAAAACAAAAAAAAGAAAGAAUGUUAGCAAUUGAAUCUGAUGUUAAAAACGUUGAAAGGGAUAUGCAAGACAUUCAAGAUUUAUUUCGUGACCUCAGUAAAUUAGUAAAUGAACAAAAAGAAGAUGUUGGUAAAAUUGAAACUCAUGUUGAGGCAACUCAAGAAAAUGUUAUUCAAGCUGAACAAUCUUUACAUAAAGCAGCCAAGUUGAAAAAAAUGUCUUAUCCACUCAUUGGUGCUGUAGUUGGGUCUUGUGUUGGAGGACCAUUAGGAUGUUUAGCUGGUGCUAAAGUAGGAGUAUUUGCUACUGUUACUUGUUUUGUUUUAGGCUUCACUGGUGGUAAAGUGCUCAAGGACAAAUCAAAUGUUGUUAAUGAAACAGAAAAUACGACCAAUGAUUUACUUAAUCAAACAGUGAAAUCACAUACAGAGUGAAUCAGUAAUAUUUUUAAUAAAAAUUUGAAUAAAAAAAAAAAAUGGGGAGUGGUUGACUGACAUUAUUUAACAUUUGUUUAUUUAAUGUUUCCCAAGGGUGUGUUUGGAUGUGAUAGAUUUAUUUCAUAUUUUUUAAUUAUAUUUAACUGAAGAGAAUAGAAGAAAUAUUAUAUGUUAUUAAAUCGUGUACUA